AUGGCAUCUCCAAUUCAAGAGAAUGACAUAGGAACUUGCCCUAGAGGAUGCCAGUGGCUUAAGGCUUUGCCAUUUAAGUCAUCCACUAAGGUAGUAGAGCUCCUGGGGAAGCUGAAGAAACUAGCAAAAGAUGAUCCUAGAAGGAUUAUUCAUUCCUUUAAAGUAGGAUUAGCUCUCACAUUAGUUUCACUAUUUUACUACUUUGAACCACUUUAUGAUGGUUUUGGUGUCAACGCAAUUUGGGCAGUGCUAACUGUGGUCGUCGUCUUCGAAUUUUCCGUGGGUAAGGUUGGCAUAGAUCAUAAUGAUAAGAGUGGUAAACCACGUGCUACACUUGGAAAAGGUUUAAAUAGGAUGCUAUCAACUUUGGUAGCAGGAGCUCUGGGUGUUGGAGCUCAUCACUUAGCAACACUUUCGGGUCAGGCAGGGGAGCCCAUUUUGAUUGCAAUCUUUGUCUUCGUAAUAGCUGCAAUAGUGACAUUUACAAGAUUCUUUCCUGCAGUAAAGGCAAGGUAUGAUUAUGGGCUAACCAUAUUCAUAUUGACCUUCUGUUUAGUAUCAGUAUCGGGUUAUCGAGAUGAUCAAGUUCUAAAGACGGCUCACAUGAGGCUAUCGACUAUCAUCAUCGGUAGUUCUGCUGCCAUCAUUAUAUGUAUUUGCAUAUUUCCUGUCUGGAUUGGAGAGGAUCUUCACAAUCUGGUAGCUGGAAACAUGGAGAAACUUGGGAAUUAUUUAGAAGGAUUUGGUAGUGAGUACUUCGAAGUUUCUGAGGAGAGGCAAGCAAGUAAAGAUAGGUCAUUUCUCCAAGAAUAUGCCAGUGUUCUUACCUCAAAAAGCAAUGAAGAAGCCAUGGCCAAUUUAGCAAGAUGGGAACCGGGCCAUGGUCAGUUCAGGUUCCGUCAUCCCUGGAAACAAUACCUGAAAAUCGGAACUCUAACUCGGGAAUGUGCAUACAAAAUUGAAGCUCUUAACAGCCACCUUUACUCAGAUAACCAAGUGAGCUUGGAAUGUGGUAAGGCUUUGAAGGAAUUAGCAUCAGCAACCAAAAGAACGAGAAGAACAAAAUCAGCUGAUCCCCACAUUGCAAACGCAAAACUUGCUGCUGGAAACAUCAAGUUCCUUCUAAAAAUGAACAUAUGGGAAGGAGCUGUUCUAAUGGAUAUAGUGCCAGCGGCUGCAGUUGCUUUGCUUCUAUUGCAGGUUGUCGAAAGCAUUGAGAAAAUCUCAAAGGCUGUCCAAGAAUUAGCUACCAUGGCUCAUUUCCAGAGCAUGGAACCUACACUAUCACUGAAGCAACCCCAUUUGCUUCACCAGGGAACAGUGAAGCGAAAUUCAAGUAUGGAUGCAGAAAUUCAGGUCGGUUUCUCUUCAUUUGAUCUCGACGGAGACCGAAAUUAA